AUGGCACCUUUAAUGUAUUCCCAUUGGAAUAAUACAUUUUUUAAAGACUGUAAUAUUGUAGAUGAUUAUGUCAUUGAAAAAGAAAAAUGGGUAGAAAUUGGAAAAAAGCUAAAAUUAUCCAGAAUGGAAAUGCCUUCAAGUAUUGGUAGACCACCAAGGGAUAUAUAUAAAUACAAUGCUGGAUUUAAAGCAGUUUAUCAUAUAAAAGGUUGGAAUAACUUUGUAAAAUCUGUGAAAAUUUGCACUAAACAUGUAAUCACAAAGGAUGAUUUGGAAGAUUUAAAAGUUUCAUUGAAGAAUUUUUAUAAAUAUUAUGAAAAAGAAUAUUAUAGAAAUGAUCCAACUAGAUUGUCUGCUUGUAGAAUGUGUUUACACUAUUUAUUACAUGUUGCUGGAUGUAUUGAAUAUUUAGUAUUUAUUCAAUUAACUUCAAGAUUGAUUGAAGAUACAAAUCUUGAAAUCAAAUAUUUUACCAAAUUCACAACUUAUGAAUUUAUUGAUGUGCGCUUAAUUGAUCAUUGCAUAGGAUUAUUUAAAUUGGGAUCCAAGUAUUAUAUCAUUGAUAAAGAGAAUAAUGUUGAGGAAGAAUGGGAUGACAUUUGA